GGCCACGUUGGUGACUGUUUGUGUAUCCAUAAGUGAGGCUAUUACAGGGAGGGUGGUUUCAAGGAAAAAUGACUACCAGGGAUCUCGUGACCUUCAUUUUCUGGAUAGUCUUGCUUCCGUUAUCCCUAGGUGGCGCAGAAGCUGCAGAAUCAAAAGCCACUGAUGUUGAUGUCGUUUACAAAAAUUGGCAACUUCCUGAAAGACUGCAAAAAAAAGAGUUUCCCAUCGGAGUUUUGAAUGCAAAAUGGAAAACAAAGUUCCCAAAUAAAUUUUCUGAACUCAACCUCAUUAAUCUACUUCGCCAUUUUGAGGAAGAGAAACGAGCUAAAGACUAUGAACAAAGUCUGCAAAACGAAGAGGAUGACGAAAGAAAACGAGGACAUACUCUCAUUCAUUUCGGAAAACGAAAUGUCGAUCUCGAAAAGAAAACAGGAAAAAUCUAUGAAAACUUAGAUCAGAAACUUCAAAGACCUGAACCCGAUGUUUUCCCUUAUUACAUAGAAUAUGCAGCAAAUAAUUUAUUAGAGUAUUUGAAUCAACAAAAUGGUAAAAAUUCACAUGAAGAUCAUAGCAAAAUACACUUUGGAAAUCGUUUCAAAAGUAAUCCUGAAGAUAAGUCACGUUCUAUGGUGUAUUUUACUAAAAAGUCAUUUGAAAAUAUCCUCAAAGAACUAAAUGAAAAGCAGAAAAUAGCUAAAAACGUAAAAGGCAGAAAACAAAGCAGUGGACAUACUAUAAUGUCCUUUGGAAAACGACUGUAUAGUAAACGCAGCUACAAUAAUAAUCAGCCCAACCAUCAAAUGAACGAGUUUGUGAAUUACGACAACGAACCUAACCAUCACCUGAUUCACAUUAGAAAAAAAAUUUAUAACAAUCAUCGACCCGAUCACCAUAUGCUGCUUUUUGGGAAAAGAAUUAACGAUGAGCGACCUGGCCAUAACACGAUAUAUCUUGGGAAAGCAUUGGACAAUAAACAGCAAAAUGGCCAUAACAUGAUGUACUUUGGUAAACGAAUGAAUAACCAGCCAAAUGGCCAUAACAUGAUGUAUUUCGGUAAACGAAUGGAUAAAGAACAGCAAAGUGGCCAUAACAUGAUGUAUUUCGGUAAACGAAUGGAUAAAGAACAGCAAAGUGGCCAUCACUUGACUUAUUUUGAAAAAAGAAUGAAAAGUGACAAGCAGCCUGUUCGACAAAUAAUGUAUUUUAUUGAUGAAGAAAAACUGCCUGAUUCACAAAUGACGUCCUUGGGUAAAAAGAACGAUGACGAUAGUACACCUAGUCAUCAAAUAAUGCAUUUUGGUAAAAGACGGGAGGUUAAUGAUGACGAAACUGCAAAUGACGAUAUUAGGGUAGAAUCAAAGAAUGUAUCUGAGAAUGGUUAUAACAUGUUUAGCAAAAGAUCAAGAAAUACACGUUACCAGGACAACUAUGGAUCUUCUUUUUCCAGACCGUAUGGUCGGGGUCCCGGAUUGCUAGACGAUGAAAACAACCCAUUCGAUUACAGCUGGUUUAAGUAUGCUGAAGAUAUUAAUAGAAGUAAGCAACUUCUCUCUCCUAAUCUGGAAGAAAUAAGUGAUAACAGAAAUGUGGACGAAAAUCGUGUAGCUAGUAACACUGAUGUUCUACCAGAAAUCAUGCAUCUUUUUCGAGAUCAAGAGAAGGCCCUGAAAAAGAGUUCAUAUUCAAUGAAUCAUUUUGAGAAACGAUCGGUGAAAAUCAAAGAGGCAACUAAUGCCCAUUCCAGUAAAUACGAUGAUUCAAAAGAUCCGCCAUCAAAAAGCUUAGUUUAUUCAAACAAGUUCGACUCAAACGAGAAGCUUAAACCAGAGGAUAAAAAUAAUGUGGCAGUAGACGGAAGCGAACAAAAACGAAAUGAUUCGUUAGAAUUCAAUCGAGUCCAGAAAAACACUUUCGUUUCUGAUGGAACUACAGCUGAAAUAGUAGAUUCCUUCCCAGGGUAUUAUAUCCUACCUAGCAGAGAAGACGACAAUUCAGAUUUUAAUAAAUUGUCCUAUGGAAACUAUGAUUUAUUCCCAUUUCGCUUAGAGGAAUCUUUUCUACCGCUAGUGACUAAAAAAGGCCAAAGUCAGUAUCCAGAUGUGCAGUAUUAUUUCAUAGAAGAUAGGGGUAGCGAUAAACUGGAAAAUGAGCGAAACGCCUUUUUACAUUUUGGCAAACGCUAGUAGAUUGUCUGACAGAGAAGCUCCUAGAUAACAGACGAAAUACAAGAAAAUGUUUUCAAACAAGUAAGCCAAAGAAGCAAAACCUUAAAGUACGUCUUCGAUUCAAAGCUAAAUAAACAAGAUAACCGUGUAAUUUUCAAAGAUUCGUUUAUUCAUUGUCUUUGCACCAUUAUUAAAAUAUAUCAAGUUAAAUGACCUACGUGUAAUAAAACAAUUUCUGUGUAAAUGCUUAAACAUAGAAAUGGAGUGUUUUGAGUGAGAAUAAAAAGUUUAACCACA